AACUGGGCCGUUGGAUCUUUUCCUCUUCUCGAUCUUGGCAUCCGUCUUCUUUCGCUGUUCUUCUUGGGCAUCCAAUGACCUUCCCCUUUCCCUCUCCCACGCCGAUGAUCUUGAAACAAAACCCAGCAUAAAAAGAAACACUGCAACAAUUACUAAUAGAAGAGCAUCACGAUGGUGACGGUAACGCCCAAACAACGCAGUAAAAAGAGCUCCAAGACAAUAGUCUUUGCCACUUUGGCAGUUGUGGCUCUUGUCGUCAUUGCCGUCCUUUCCAAAGGAACUUCUUCAUCCUCACUGUUGCGACAGACUUCCAAACCACUGGCCACUGCCAAGACGGUGCAGUUAUCAGACACCAAUAAUCCUCAAGACACUAACAAAGAUCCAGAAAUAUCACAAAAACAACAACAACAUGACGAGUGUCCCUACAUGAGCAUUCACGAUCUCUCCGAAGACGAACGAAAUCCUGCCAAAGGAGAGAGACACAUGAUCACACCACCCAGAGGAGGAAUGAUUCAUCUCGUGUGUUGCCAAACCACGCAAGGGCCAUUCAAUACACUCGUUCAUGAACAAUGGGCACCCAAUGGAGCCAAACGAUUCCUGGAAAUGGUCACCACGGGAUAUUUCAAUUCCAAAUUUGGAGUCCCACUCAUGCGCUGUGUCCAGGGAUUCCUCUGUCAAUUUGGACUCAACAGUGAGCCACAAUUGUCCAAACGAUUCAAAGAAACCAUUCCGGACGAUGCCAAUUGGUUGCCAGAAGGACCCAAAUAUCGACAAAAUGAAGAGGGCGUCAAACGAUUUGCAACCGGAUAUAUGGCAUAUGCCGGGGGUGGUAAACACACACGCGAUAUGCAACUCAUUGUGUCGUUGGAUAAUAUUCCAACAUUGGCCGGUGGAUCUCCUUGGGAAGUGCCCUGGGGAGAAUUGGUGGGACAACAUUCCCUUGACACUUUUUCCAAAGUCUACACGGGGUAUGGGGAUAAUGGACCCCCACAAGGGGAUCUGUGGUCCAGAGGAAUUACCCCGGCAGACAAGGAAAAGUUUCCAAAAUUGGAUUAUGUCACUGGUUGCGCCGUGGUCGAUCAGCAAAUACAGGAAUAGAUAGAAUAUGGAUUGAACGAAUGAAGGCAAAACUAUCGAAUACAACGAUUCGCGAGAUUGAGUUGGCAUGCAACACCUUUUGGUGGUCUUCUAGUGGUCGUCCUGGCAGUUCAAAGAAACGAAACUCCAACAAAAGGAGGCUCAAGGAAAUUGGCAGACCACAAAUGCGAUUUGAAUAGAGAUCAGAUGGCACUCCCGCCACAUAGUUAGUUAGAUUGUGUUGUGUUAUCGGCGCUCUUAUGAAUUUCCCCUUGAUCAAUGAUCUUUCCCCGUAGCGGAGCGCACCGUAGACCAGAAUGUACAUGAUAUA